AUGGCAAAGAGGAAGCAAUCGGCAGCCCGGGAGGCGAAGAUAGCCGGCUGCUGUUCCGGUGACGGCAUCGCAAGCUUUUGGUGGUGGAGUUUCAGCUUGGUGGUUGGCACUGUUGAAUGCAUGAAAGGAGCAAGUUGCAACAAGCCAUCAGGAUGGCAGAGAUUUAAUUUAGGGCUGUGUCUGGCUGGACCCCUGAAGGAGAAACUCGUUUUCUGCUUUCUUGCAUUUGGAGUAUCCAGAGUUUCUUCUGGAAACGGGACGAUGUUUCGCAGCGAGGAGAUGUGCUUGGCCCAGCUCUUCUUGCAGUCGGCUUCAUCCUAUGCUUGUGUUAGCGAAUUAGGAGAGCGAGGCCUCGUGGAGUUCCGUGAUCUAAAUCCUCAUGUCAGUGCCUUCCAGCGGCGCUUUGUGGGAGAACUGCGGCGUUGUGAAGAAAUGGAGAAAACAUUCAAUUUUUUGGCCCAAGAAGUGCAGAAAGCUGGACGGUCUUUGAAGCCUCCAGAGGAGAAUCUGGCCGCACCCUUGGCCCGCGAGGCCCUGCGUAUCCAGGAGCAGUCUGAGACCCUGUCACAGGAGCUGCGGGAAGUGAGCCACAACCGGGAGGCCCUGCUCAGUCAGCUGCAGGAACUGCGGGAGCAUAUUCAGGUGCUGCAGGAGGGCCAGCGCUUCACUGGUCAAUUGGUGCUGCCCCUUGAUUCGCCUGUCCGUUCUCGUGCUUACUCUGAAAGAGAUCCUCUGCUUAACCCCACCGUGCUACACCGCCCUGACCUCAGAAUCAACUUUGUGGCAGGUGUGAUACAUCCAUGGCGGGUGAAUUCCUUCGAACGGCUGUUGUGGCGUGCAUGCCGUGGCUACCUUGUUCCACAUUUCAUAGAGAUGACAGAACCCGUUGAAAAUCUAUCCACGGGGGAAAGCAUCACCUGGGUCAUCUUCCUCAUCUCCUACUGGGGUGAACAGAUUGGGCAGAAAAUCCGUAAGAUUGCCAACUGCUUUCACUGCCACGUGUACCCAUAUCCUGAGAAUGAGGCUGAGCGCACGGAGACCUUGAGUGAGCUGCGAACUCAAGCAGAAGAUCUGACCAUAGUAUUAGGCCAGACGGAGCAAUAUUUGGACCAGGUGCUGCAAAAAGUGCUUUCUGUUCUACCCGCUUGGCAAGUACAGAUCCAGAAGAUGAAGGCGAUCUACUUCAUCCUCAACCAGUGCAGCUUCAGCAUCACUGAUAAAUGCCUCAUUGGUGAGGUUUGGUGUCCUGUCCGUGACCUUCCUGCUGUGCAGCUGGCCCUGCGCGAAGGAUCGCAGCGCAGUGGUUCUGGAGUGGAGUCCUUUGUCCAUCGGAUUAUCUGCACCGAGAAUCCCCCGACUCUCAUUCGCACCAAUAAAUUCACUGCUGGCUUCCAGAACAUUAUUGAUGUCUAUGGAGUGACCAGCUAUCAAGAGAUGAACCCAGCUCCUUACACCAUCAUCACUUUCCCUUUCCUCUUUGCCGUCAUGUUUGGGGAUGUUGGCCAUGGACUACUGAUGUUCCUCUUUGCCCUUUGGAUGGUGCUUUUUGAGAACCGGCCUGGCAUGAAGAAGGUGGAAAAUGAGAUCUGGCAGAUGUUCUUUGAGGGCCGUUACCUCAUCCUCCUAAUGGGUGCCUUCUCUGUCUACACCGGUUUCAUCUACAACGAAUGCUUUGGCAAGGCAAUGGCCAUCUUCCCCUCUGCUUGGAGUGUCGCUGCUAUGGCCAACAACUCGGACUGGAGCUCAGACUACAUCAUAGAAAGCCUUUCUCUAAACCUGGACCCCAAUGUCAGCGGCGUUUUUAAUGGUCCCUACCCUUUUGGGAUAGAUCCGAUCUGGAGUCUGGCUGUUAAUCACCUCUCCUUUCUAAACUCCUUCAAAAUGAAGAUGUCUGUGAUCUUGGGCAUUUUUCACAUGAGCUUUGGAGUGUUUCUUGGCAUCUUCAACCACAUCCACUUCAAGCAAAGAUACAAGAUCCUAUUGGUUUUCCUUCCAGAGAUCACUUUCCUUCUGCUGCUCUUUGGCUACCUUGUAAUCCUGAUAUUUUACAAAUGGUUUAUGUAUGAUGUUUCUAACUCCAAGUUCGCCCCUAGCAUUCUCAUCCACUUCAUUAACAUGUUCCUGUUUUCAGAGAGUGGUGAAAAUACUGCGCUCUUUAAGCAACAGAUAGUAGUGCAGAAGGUGUUGAUGUCGGUGGCUCUGAUCUCUGUGCCCAUCCUGUUGCUGGGGACACCCUUAUAUCUCAGGCACAAACAUCGCCAAUCUCGGCACAAUCCUUCCACAGCAGGAGAGCGGCAACCACUGCUGAACUCACAGGAACGAAAGGUAUCUGUGAACAUUGCUGAAGGUGACGUGGAUCACAUGGAAACCAACCAGGAGGAGGAGGAGUUUGACUUUAGCGACGCGAUAAUGCAUCAAACAAUCCACACUAUUGAGUAUUGCCUGGGCUGCAUCUCGAACACGGCCUCUUAUCUGCGUCUCUGGGCCCUCAGUUUGGCCCACGCACAGCUCUCAGAGGUCCUCUGGAAUAUGGUGAUGAAUACUGGCUUUCAGCUGAAGGGCUACGAAGGCGGGGCUGUCCUUGUACCUGUCUUUGCUUCGUUUGCAGUAUUGACUGUGGCAAUUUUGCUGGUGAUGGAGGGACUCUCAGCUUUCCUGCAUGCCCUUCGUCUUCAUUGGGUGGAAUUCCAGAACAAAUUCUAUUCAGGUACUGGGUACCAGUUCAGCCCCUUCAACUUCACCAGCGACAUUUGGAUCUAAGGGGGAAAAAAUGACUGCUUCUCUCCAGCAAGGGAAUAUUUAGUGUGCCAUCCUGAACUAAUGGGCAAAGCUAUCAGCUUAUGUUGCUUUUUUUUUUUAAACUGACUCUUGCUUCCCCAUCUACUGCUUGUGACUUCUAUCUAGGCAGAAAAUGCACUAGCUUUUAACAGCCUGUUACAAUUAAACCGAGAUCCUGUGCUGACUCACACAUGAAUAUCAGUAUUUAGGCUGAUAUUAUGGAACUGAAGGAACAAUCUUCCAGAGCUGUGUUUUGAAUCUUGCCACAUUGCUUGCAGAUCUUUUGAUACAUAACCAUCUUAUGUAUAUUUCUGUAUCCUGAAAGCUCUGGUGAGAAAAAAUGGUAAAAGACCUUAAGGAAAAUUAGAAUACAGGAAACACUGAAAUUUGAUCUAUUGGAGCUACAAGGACAUUGUCCAUUUGUAUCACUCAUCUGUGUAAAAAGGGACCGGUUUACUUACUUAGAUUAGUUGACAAGAGACCUGGCCAAGGGACUUUUUAAAUUACUUUCUGCAGAACUGCGCUAGAAUUUUAUUGGGGGGGCGGGGGUUAAUGUCCAGGUCAGCCUCAGAAAAAAAUUCUUGUGACAAAGAACUCAGGUUGAUGCUGCAUCUACCAAAAUAUGAGGUGGAGGCAGAUCCAAGCCGUCAAGACAGACUUGAUCUAAAGCACAGUUGACAUGUUGGGGGUUAAUGCAGGGAAGUGGAUUGAGAUGUUGGCUGUUCUUUCUGUCUUAUGAGCCCAGCUUACGGGCUGUUAGCAAAGCACAUUAAUGGAACGUGGACCAGAGAGGAGGCAAAUGGAAACAGCACCUCUCCCAUGUAGGCCAACUAAGCUUAACUUUGCCAAAGGCAAAAGAGGGAUUCUUGGCAUGGAGUGUACUACAAGCUUCCUUCACAUUGAAGGCAGAGAGGCCUCAAGAAUGCAUCGAAAGCUUGUCUCACUCUGUCACAUCCUCCCCUUAAGAGGACGGUGCAUUCAAUAGGCCAGGUAGAAUUCUGUGCUAAAGACAUUGAAAUCCUUAUCCCUGUGGCACUAACUCAGCAACAAAAAUA